UUUUGAAAUACUUGGCAUUUUUCUUUGAGCUAUUCUAGUUUUACUGCAUCUUUGGUGUUUCUUUGUUUUUGAGGCCUGUUCAUAGAACUUCUCAGCUUCCUUUGUGAUACUUUAGAACUUUUACUGAGAUGUCUGUGCAGCAUGCUGGAGGCAUGGUCAGCCUGUUCCAUAUGUUCAUCUUGCAUCGGCUUUUGACCUGGUUAGGGGCUCAAAAGGGCAAGACCAAAGCUGAUUCUCUGCUUUGCAAUAUGUUUAGAAAUUUGCUAGCCUUGCCCCCCGAGGAUGUGCUUCCUGUUGUGUAUCUGUGCAGCUACAAAGUUGCUCCUGACCAUGAAAAUAUUAUUACUCCACAAGUUCUAAUUUCCUACAAAGAAUUAAGUAAUGGUGGAUGCUUGAUUACGUCUGCACUAGAAGAAGCAUGUGGGGGACAAACCGGUGAAAAGUAAGGGACCUGUCCAAUGACAUUGGUGAUCCUGGUAAGAGCAAUUAAUUCCUCUCAUGGUUUUCUGUUUUCUCCUAGUCCUUCCACAAUUUUUUUGGAGAGCCUUCUGAAUACCAUAUUUUGGUCUAAGGUGUUGUUGCACAAAUGUGACUACAAACCCAAACUUUACUUGCUCCUUCACCAUACUAUUAUGAGGACUUAUUUUCUGUGCUCUGGAAGAUAAAGUUACAACCCAGUAUUGAUCCUCUUGACAACAAAUGAUUAUAAACUGAAACCUUGAUGACUGAUUUGAAUUAUUUAGAAAUAAUUGGUUAAUGCUCGGAUUUGGUGGUGUAAAAUUCAGGAGGAACUUGCUACAAUAUCGGUUUAUUAGUAAGAACUGGUUUCUAGCUUAACAAUUUAGAACCAGAAUGUCGUUACCACUCUGUUGAUGAUAAGCAAAGCAUUCUACCUCCAGUGAUACCCUCUUGUAUACCAUGCUACGAAACAACUCAUUGAUCGAGUAAGUUAUUCAUGGGCACUUAAAUGCUGGAUGGAUAUGAUUAUACAAGGCUUUGCCAGAGCUUCUAUUUCCUUUUUUUCAUCAGAACGGAUAAAUUUAGACAAAACUUUUUAUGUAUCGGUACCCACUUGUAAUUUGAUAUCAUUUUAAAAUCUAAUUCCGGUAGCUAAGCAACACGCUUUUGUCAA